AUGUUUCCAAGAUUUGGACAGCGAUGUUUCACUGGAAGAAGGCUGUUUCAUGCCUCUAGUGUAAUAGAGAGUGCUCAAAGAACCACCAAAAGAAUUUCCAUCAAUGACAUCCGUCAAUUAUACAUCAAAAGGGAAAAAAUCUCUGUGCUCACAGCUCAUGACUACAUAUCAGGAAAGAUUGCAAAUGAUGCCAAUGUUGAUAUAGUACUUGUUGGUGAUUCUCUAUCAAUGGUUGCUUUAGGUUAUGAAGACACUAAUGAAAUUCCUUUCGACGAAUUCUUAUAUCAUUGUCGUGCAGUGGCUAGAGGUGUUGACAAGAGCUUUAUAGUGGCAGAUUUACCAUUCGGAUCUUAUGAGUCUUCUAUUUCAAAAGCUAUUGAAUCAUCUAUAUCGUUGAUAUCAAAGGGAAGAGCUAAUGCAGUUAAGCUUGAAGGUGGCGUUGAAUUGGCUCCUACAAUCAAAGAGUUGACCAAAAUUGGAAUCCCUGUUAUGGCACAUAUUGGUUUAACUCCUCAAAGAGCAAACGCCUUGAGCGGAUUCAAAGUUCAAGGUAGCACUGUUGAUAGUGCAAUAUCCGUUUAUGAAGACGCUUUAAGCGUACAAGAUGCUGGUGCUUUUUCUGUUGUUCUUGAGGCAAUUCCAGCGAAAGUUGCCAAAACACUCACCAAUACACUAAGAAUACCAACAAUCGGCAUUGGUGCUGGCCCUGAUACUAGUGGACAAGUGCUCGUCCAAGCAGAUGCCUUGGAUAUGAAUAAUAGUGAGCAUAGUCCGAAAUUUUUGAAGAAAUAUUUGAAUGGUUAUGAGUUGAGUGUUAAUGCAGUGAAAAAUUAUGUAAAUGAUGUCAAAGCUCAAUCAUUUCCUGUGUUAGGUCAACACACUUACAAUAUUAAAGAAGGGAAUUAUGAUGAGUUUUUGAAAAAAAUCGUUAACAAAUAA